AUGGGUAAUGGAAAGUUGAGGUUCGUUAGUGUUGAAGGAAAGGUGUCGGGGAAUGGUAAUAAGAGGUUUCCGUGGGAAGAUAAUGUCGACGGGAAACUGUUAUCAGCGGGCAAUGGCAUUGGCAAAAAGUUGUUGUUGUCAGAUGGUGAGGAUAAAAAGUUGUUGGACGAUGACGUCGAUAAAAAGUUGUUGGACGAUGACGUCGAUAAAAAGUUGUUGGACGAUGACGUCGAUAAAAAGUUGUUGGGUGAUGUCGUUAAAAAGUUAUUGCUGGGUGGUGGCGAUAAGAAGUUGUUGGAUGAUGUGGAUAGAAAGUUGUUGGAUGACGCCGAUAAGAAAGUGCUGGGUGAUGUCGAUGAAAAACUGUUUGUUGAUGACACCGGCGGCGAGACACAUUCUGAUAAAAUUGGUCAGCGUCCAAAAAUUCCAAGUCACUUUGUUCCUCGAGAGAGGUCGAUGAUUUUUCGAAUUCACGUUUUUCACGCUUGGCUAAUAUCUCGCCUCUGCAACCUUAACUAG